CAGUUUCAUUCUUCUCCUUUUCCUCCUUAACAGUCAGCAAUGGCUCCUCGUUUCUUCAGUUUUCCCUCUAAAACGAAGGGUCAAGUGUGACUUUUAGGAGUGAUAAGAAGUAGAUUUUGUGUGAACAAAAUGAUUUGGUAGAUCCAGUGGCUGCAUGGGAGGCAUAUUUCAUCUUUUUGACUUCCAUCAAGGCAGCAUGGCCAGAAAAGUACUUGCAAAGAAGAAACAUGUCGACGUCCUGGAAGCUCCGCGAAAUAGCUUGGAGCUGCAGUUAGACCCUUCUCAGAUCUACUAUGCUGCAGGAGAUCUGCCAAGCUCUUACCAAGUGGAGGAAGAAUUGUCGGGGAGGAACUAUUAUCAAACCAAGGCUUCAAUGAAGAAAUUGCUAAGUGAGGAGAUGUCCAAACAGUAUAACACCAGACACAAUUCACCUAGUAUUGUUGCCAGAUUGAUGGGGAUGGAUCCGUUGCCAUCUGAUACAAAAUCUGUAGUUCAAUCGGUUACGAAAAAGAGUGAUAACCGGCAAGUCGAGCUUUCUGGAAGGGAAAAAAAUGUCAAGGGCUCUAACUUACACUUCUUGAAGCAAAUGGAAGUUGACUCUAUUUACAGUACAAGAGACAGAGAUGCUGAGAGAUGGAACACCGAGCAAAAGUUCGGAAAGCCUAGGCGUCGGGAACAUCCUCAGGAGGAAGAAUUGCAAAGGUUUAAGAAAGAAUUUGAGGCAUGGCAAGUGGCCAGGUUUAGGGAAUGUACAAAGGUUGUUGAUGUUGGAAGCAUUUCUGCACAUCAAUUCACUCAAGAGAAACAGAACAAGGAAAGGAAGGCACAUUAUGUGGAUUCAGUACAAGCGAUGCAUGGGAAGCCUUUGCAAUCCAAGAGGCUUGCAGUACAAGAAAAGGGCUUGCAACAUCAGAUGUAUAAAUCAGAAGACUUUACAUCCCGGAAAAAUGAAUAUAGACGACAAAGCAUAAAUAAAGAUUUUCGUGUACCUUCGACUAUGGAUUAUAAUGAGAAACUGAAUGCUGCUCCCACAAGAAUAGUGAUCUUGAAGCCUGGUCCUGAUGGGAUUUAUGAUCAUGGAGAAUCGUGGACCUCUUCACCUAGCACUUUCCAAGGGAGAGCUAGUAUGGAGGAUUUUCUCGAGGAGGUAAGGGAACGACUAAAAUCGGAACUGCAAGGUAAAGCUCUUAAUGGAAAAAAGAGUUUUGUGGUCAGAGGAAGUGGAAUUGAGACCCCUUUCAGUGAAAAGCCAUCAUCUGAUCCAAGACAAAUUGCUAAGUAUAUAGCGAAUCAGGCCAGAGAAAAUGGCAGUAGGGAUUUCAGAAUGAAUUUAGUUCGAUCGGAAUCAACCAGAUCAUAUAGAAGUGACAUUCCGUUCAAUGAACCAGGUUCCCCUGAGUUCAUCGAUCGAGAUACAAGAAGAUUCUUAUCAGAAAGACUAAGGAAUGUGCUAAAGGAAGAAACACAGUUUGAUGUACCAAUAGUUUCCACUUGCAGCUCUAGAUCAUCUGUGUUUGAUAAUGGAAGGGAGAGGAUUAAAGGAAUGCAAUACUUGUCAAAGUCCGGGAAUGAGCAGAGUGACUGGGAAAUUGUUAAACAUGAACAAGAAAUGCAAACCAGAUCUUUCAGGCAUGGAGAUGAUAUUUGGCCGUUAAACAGUGAACCUUCCCCUAGAAAUCUCAUCAGGUCCUUGUCCGCCCCCGUCUCUGGAACAUCAUUCGGGAAGCUGCUUUUAGAGGACCGCCAUGUUGUAACUGGUGCACAGAUCAGGACGAAGCAUGAGGGCAUUGAAACUACAUCAGUAGACAUUAGAAGAAGGAAGAAAGGGAAGUUCAACUUGAAAGAAAAAGUUUCCAAUAUUAAAUACGGUUUGACGCUUAGGCCGAGGCUAUUCGGCAAGAAGAUUCAAUCCAUGGCGGAGUCAUACGGUGCCGAUAAUGAUCUUACAAAAGAUAUCUUGAGUGGACCAACAGUUAUUAUGAACUUUGGCAAGAGCCAUGAGAAUCCUACAGAGGUACCUCCUAGUCCGGCAUCCUUUUGCGGCAGUCCUCAUGAAUUUUGGACGGAGGUCGAUUAUCUCAGCCCGAUAUCAACACCGGAUGUGACUUUGGGAGAAGAUAAUACCGUGCCUCUGGCUUUCAGAGAGAUCAGUUCUAAUUUGAAUGAGCUGAGAAGGCAACUGAAUGAACUAGAGUCCGAUGAGGAAAACCGCAUAACCGUCAAUCAGGAGGCUACCGAAUAUGAAACAGUGAAUCCAGAGGACCAUGCUCGAGGAUACGUAAGAGAUUUGCUCAUUGCUUCCGGUUUGUAUGAUGGUUUGUGUGACAAAACCUUCUUAUCAAGGUGGGAUCCAUUAGCGAAGCCUAUCGGCAAAUCCGUCUUUGAACAAGUGGAAGAAUAUCAUAGAAAAACAGCGAAGGAGAAUGAUAAGAAAGUGGAUCACAAACUGUUACUCGAUUUGUCUAAUGAAGCACUUUCGACCAUACUCGGGUCACCGGUGACCAUGUCGAGGUUCAGGAGAAAGAUUCUAGGUUCCACCAUAUCAACACCUCCGGAGGGAAGGAAACUAUUGAAAUCUGUGUGGGAGAUUGUCCACAUUAAUUUAUAUCCUCCAAACGAUAGAUACAACUACACACUCGAGAAUAUGGUGGCCGGAGAUCUAGGAUCCGUCCCCUGGACUGGCUUGGUGGACGAGGAAACUAACGGUUUGGGAAGAGAGGUGGAAUGGCACAUUAUUGGGGAUCUGGUUGAGGAAAUUGUGAAGGACAUAUGCAUUCAUGAAGGUUGGCAUUUAUGAGUGUUAUAGGAAGCAAGAUAUUAGAUUUAAGUAGGGAGACAAAUACAUUGAUGGGAGAUUGCCUGUCCCUUGUACAUAUUAUUUUGCGGAGUUUGUGACAUAGAGAGGUUAACUUGAUGAGGUUUAUACAUACGGUACAUGA